ACCACCACUCUCUUCCAAUAGUUCCAAACCGGUGUUUCUACUUCUUCUCACCUUUUAGGCGUCGCUGCCUUUUGGGUUUGAGUAGUUUCUCUGUAGUAGUUCUCUGCUCAGUGCUCUUACUCUCUCUUUCAAACAGGAAGCGCAUUUCAUUCGAUCCGUUCCCGUAUAUUAGGGUUUCUUAGAGAACUCCGUCGGAACAUUCUGUACGAUGAUAGUUCUGUAGUCUCUGGUCUCUAGUCUUGCUGUUGCUUUGCUCAUUCUCUCUCACAUAAAUAUUUUCUUAAUAUUAGACAGCAGAAGAGGGAAAAGGGGUAAGGGUUUGAUCUUCUGCUUCUCUUAGAGUUUUGUUUGAGUAGGUUUUAGGGGGGGCGGUAGUUUUUGGAAAUGGAGAAGAAGCAGGGAUUCUUCUCGGCUUUAAAGGAAGAGGUGGUAAGAGGGUUAUCGCCGGCGAGGUCGAGGACCAGGAGUCCGUCCCCGAUUUCUGGGCUUCUCCGGAGGAGGAAGCAGUACGUAGCCCAUCCUGAGCCGUUGGUUGCAAGAUCCGGGAGCUUGAGACCGGUGGGGGAGACGCUGACACCGUUGAUGGAAGGGCCUGAUCCCGAUGCCUGCGAGGGUGGUGAUUCGAAGAAGGAAGGAUGGGGUCAUUGGAUGAAAGGCCAGCUCUCAAGGGCGCCGUCGGUUUCUUCGUCUCCUUUCAAGCGUUCCGAUCUGAGGCUUCUCCUUGGUGUCAUGGGCGCGCCUCUCGCCCCUGUUCACGUUAGCACUGCCGACCCUCUGCCUCACCUUAGCAUCAAAGACACUCCCAUUGAAACUUCGUCUGCUCAGUACAUAUUGCAACAGUACACGGCUGCAUCAGGAGGGCAAAGGCUGCAGAGCUCCAUCCGAAAUGCCUAUGCCAUGGGAAAGGUCAAGAUGUUAGCCUCCGAGUUCGAGACAGCUACAAAGGUUAUGAGGAACCGGAAUGCUUCAAGAGCGGCCGAAUCAGGUGGGUUUGUUCUGUGGCAGAUGAACCCAGAUAUGUGGUAUGUGGAGCUUGCAGUUGGUGGCAGUAAGGUUCAUGCUGGUUGCAAUGGAAAGCUGGUCUGGAGGCACACCCCAUGGCUUGGUGCGCAUGCUGCAAAAGGGCCUGUUAGACCAUUACGUCGUGCACUUCAGGGUCUUGAUCCAAGAACCACCGCCAGCAUGUUUGCUAAUGCGAGGUGCAUCGGAGAGAAGAAGGUCAAUGGUGAGGAUUGCUUCAUCCUUAAGCUCUGUGCGGAUCCACAGACAUUGAAGGCCCGAAGCGAAGGGCCGGCGGAGAUAAUAAGGCACGUUUUGUUUGGCUACUUCAGCCAAAGGACGGGGCUCCUUGUCCAGAUGGAAGACUCCCAUCUUAGCCGCAUUCAGUCAAAUGGUGGUGAUGCCGUGUAUUGGGAAACAACCAUUAAUUCUUUUCUUGAUGACUAUAGACCUGUGGAAGGAAUUAUGAUAGCCCAUUCAGGCCGUUCGGUAGUGACUCUUUUCAGGUUUGGCGAGAUGGCAAUGAGUCACACCAAGACAAGAAUGGAGGAGGCAUGGACAAUUGAGGAGGUAGCGUUCAAUGUUCCCGGUCUGUCGAUAGAUUGCUUCAUUCCCCCGGCUGAUUUAAGGUGUGGCUCCAUCAGCGAGGCAUGUGAGCUCCCUCGUGGUGAGAGGGGAAAGGCCACGGCGGUGGCAACACAUCGGGCCAAAGUCGCUGCACUUGAGAAAUCACAUAACCACAACAUGGAUAAUGUUGUAUGGAAGAUGAAAGUCUAACAAUUGUGGGGGUAGGUAUUAGGGGAAAAUUGUUCAUACAGGUGGUGGGUACUUUAAUUGACUGACAUGUUAGAAGGUGGAAGUGUAGGAGUGAAGCUGACCAAGUAAUUUUGGAGUUGGAAAAUCAUCCAAUCUCUGUAAAUAGGAGCAUAAUCAUUCACAGGAGGUCCUGCUUGGCGCCUGCACGAAUCUUUAUACUCUCAAAGGCAGCAUUAGAGGUCGGGGUUCCAUUUCUGGCCGGGACAUGGUACAGAUGGAGAGGUUUGUUUUUUUUUUUUUUCGCUUUUCGGUGUACCUUCCAUACACGGAGGCUGGUGGCGAUGUUGUGUUGAUAUCUCGGAGAGGCACCACUAACCUGCCAUGAUUUCUACUAAUUCUCUUUCCUGAAGUAUGUGACGGCGGUGGCAACAAGAAUCUGGCUGCCUGUCGUCAUGGCUUGGCACUAUUUUUUUUUUUUUUUUCAUGUUGUUAGUUUUUGGUUUGUGUGGGCUUGGUUUUUGAGUAAUGUAGAAGUUGUCUUUGGCUGGGUCUCUCUCGAGCUUGGCCCUGGUACAGGAGUUGGAUGGUAACGGGAGGGGGAUGAAAAUCCAUAUUUUUUUUUUUCUUUCCUUUCUGCUGUAACCAAAAGUUGAGUGUCUGAUCUGGGUUUUUGUUAUAUUGUCACGAAUGCUAAGGAAAGAUGUAAAAAAACAAGUAUUUAUUUA